AUGCUGAAGUUCAGUCGGUCGACCGAAGACGACAAUGACGAAGCAACAGCAACUGCAAUGAGCCCUCCUCAUGAAGCGGCGCCCAGUGACGUCCAAGUCCAGCCGCAGGCGACUUUGCAUCCGCAGCAACAACGCGCCAAGUCAAGCCUCACCUCUACUUGUGCGGCGACGAAGAUGCCAAUUACCAGUAACUUGACCGAAGCGACGGCAGCCGAGUCGCCUGCAGUGACAAGCUGCCAGCCCCAGAGCAACGACUUGUCCAGCGUCAACGAAGCGGCUCUCAUGCCUUUGGUGACACACCUUCCCGUGACAACUGACCAUGUGACGUCGGACAUUGCUGCGAUCCACACCGCGUCGGCACCAGCGCAAAACUCGAACGGCGACGUCAACUCGCGCACAAGCCGCAAACCAGUCAACAAGGACGAAGUCGAGCGCAGCACUGCGAUGAACAAGGUCCAAGUCCAACACGACGACUGCGACACCAUGUCGCCAAUCCAGGCUCAUGCCAGCGGCACCAUCGCCGUAAUCAAGUGCAACUGA